AUGACUAGCAUUCAGGUUAAGUGGACACUGAUAUCUGUCUUAUAUCACGGCGGACUUUCCCGCCCACUUGGCUUUCUCAAUGUCCGUGACGUAAGUGCAUGGGUAACGAAACUUGAACGGAAAUCCUCGCCUCUGGCCUCGCUCCGCAAACCCAAAUAUCAAACAACCUCAUUUCGCUCCUCUACCUGCACCCUUAUGCCAUUAUUCAGAUUGUUAAACUGA